UCCAUUUUAACGAAACUCCCUGUUUCCCUCCACAUUUCAUCUUCACAACAAGAAGAAAACAAACAAACUACCACUUGUAAAUGGCACUGGCUUCAGUCUCCUCCUUAUCCAUCAAUUCUCUUAGUAUUUCUUCUUCUUCUUCUUCAAAAGCUCCAUGUUACCAUCUGCAAUCUUUUUCAAAACGUUUUGGCGUCUUUUGUCAGAUAAACAACCCAGAAAUUAAAGCCCGAAUUCGCGAGUUUUCCUCGGAAAAGGAAGAUUGUUCCUACAAUAAGUAUGCAGUCACGGAUGCUAAGUUUAAGAGCUGGAGAGCCUUGGUUUCAACAGCAUUGGCAGCAGCAAUGGUUGCUUUUGUCUCUGAUAUGUCUGCUCUUGCUGAACUUAAUAAGUACGAGGCAGAAACUCGUGGGGAAUUUGGUAUCGGAUCAGCGGCCCAGUUUGGUUCUGCAGAUUUAAGGAAAGCAGUUCAUGUGAAUGAAAAUUUCAGAAGGGCAAACUUCACAGCUGCUGAUAUGAGGGAAUCUGAUUUCAGUGGUUCAACAUUCAAUGGUGCAUAUCUUGAGAAAGCAGUCGCAUACAAGGCAAAUUUCACAGGUGCUGAUUUGAGUGACACAUUGAUGGAUCGCAUGGUUCUCAAUGAGGCUAAUUUUACAAAUGCUGUGCUAGUAAGAUCCGUCCUCACCCGAAGUGAUCUAGGGGGUGCCCUGAUUGAAGGCGCUGAUUUCAGUGAUGCUGUUAUUGAUCUUCCUCAGAAGCAGUCAUGGCCCUGUAGAGAUCUUGUCAUGAACAUUGCAAUGCAACCUGACUUAUCGCUUGUACCAGUCUGGCCAUAUAAGCAAGGGGCUUUUCUUCUCUUGAUGUGUGAGAGGUUCGAAAUCUAUAAGGAAGCAUCUAUGGCAAUUAGAGCACCCGCAAAAAUUUUAACCUCAGUGCUCCAUUUGAUGCUUAUCUACUUGCAAAACUUGGAAGUAUUUCUAAUAUUCAAUAGCUUUGUGAAUAUCUAAGCUGCAAUAAAUGCUUUUUGUCAAUUUUGCUGCCAUAAGGGCUCUGUUCAUGUGAGCAUAUAUCAAGCAUAUGAACCUGCAACUGUAAGGCAAGGAUGUUAAAGCCCUAAACUGUAGAGAAAGAAAGCUAGGACGCUCAAAAGUCAUGGAUAUUAUUAAUUUAAGUAGGCUGCAUUUCCAGAAUCGGAUCUGUAUUCAUAGUUCCGAAAGUUUUUGAGCUUCAUUUAUGUUUUUAAUGCUGGCCUAAAUUGUAGUCUUCACUGCUUUAAGCAGAUCCCUAAAAUGAGCAUCAAGUUUGCAUCUCUUUCAUAAUUUUACUUAUUAUCUUUGUUGAUUCACUCACACUCCGAUUCCACAUACUCUUGAGGUCCUUUUAUUUCUUCCAAAUAAUUGUUGCAUUUG